CUGAAAACAGUCUGGAGUAGUUCCGCACUAGCAUCAAAAAUGUUUAGAGCCAUCAUCGUUGCCUUAGCGGGUUUCACCGCCUGCUGUGCAGGUGAGUCCAUCAAGGUAACGGGAGCGUCUCAUCUCACUGCAAGCGCCAAGGACAUCACUGCACUGGAAGCGCGCAUUGACGCUUUUAUGCACGC